UGAAUGGUGUUGAAUGGUUUCACGCGUCCAUCGGACCUCCACUCGUUUAAGAAAUUUCCUCGCAGCUUCUUCAAAGCGUUUGCUAUGGACUUCCCUUCCCAAAUUUGCAAAAAAAUGUUUGCAUAUGGGCAGCUUUUACACGGACUUGGCUUUUCAAAUUUCUGAAUUUGCGAAAAAAUGUUUGCGUAUGGGCAGCGCUUCCCAACCAUUGCAAAGAGUUUGCAGAAUACCGCUGUGCAACCUCUUCAAUUGCAGGGAGAAAAAUAUGGGUAAUCCCAUUCUAUGCGCUGUUUCGGACGCAGCUGCAUAGACUUGGGGCACAAGUUGUCCUUGGGAAUGAUUGGCACACAGGUUUUGAUUGGGUAAUGGAACAACUGUGGUUCCCACGUAUGAUGUGUUAUCCCUCAGCUAUUAGCCUCAAAGAGUGCGGUGGUGUGUUCUGCCCCAGCUAUUGGCCUCGCAUUGUGUGUUCUGCCUCAGCUAUGAUCUCUAAGAGUGCCGUGAAUGAGAGCAGUGGGAAGAUAAUAAUAUUUGCCUCCUUGUGGAAACGUCCUUGGUGCUUGAUACCAACUAAACUGGUGUUGAUUUGCUGCGGCCGAUUUCAAGAGUUUAGGGAUACUCCAUCUCCAAAGUGAAAUCAGCUCUACUCCUCUUCAUUUGGAUGGGCCCCAAAGAAAAAUGGAGGCGUAAUGCCUUCAACCUCUUCGCAUUAAGUGGUUUUCAAAAUAUGCAGCCCUCAGAACCUUCAGUCUACAAUUAUUUUUAAUUUUCAGCUAAUUAAUUUGAAAGCUGGAUUUCAAGUUAAAAAAAAAAUCCUGAUAAGAAAAAAUGAAAAGAAUAAGGUGUUAAUGGCUAACGCGUCCACCAAUCUUCCAUCCUUCACUAGUUUUCUAUUUCUACGCGUUACUACACUGAAAUUUCUUCACAGCUUCAUCUAUUCUCCAUGUUAUGUUCCGCAUAAUUAGUCGGUGAACUUUCUCAUACAGCUUCCUCUGGAAAAAUUAAAUGGUCUGGAAUCGCCCACGCAUCCAUUAAUCCUCCACCACUCGUUUGUUUUCUAAUUUCCACGCGUUAAUCUCCAUUAAAUUCUUACAGCUUCCCCUGUUACUGAAAUCUGCGCGACAAUCGUAAUUCCCUCAAAGCUUGAAUUUUCAGGAGCGAAAUUUGGUAGAAUUUGAAAAAUGGGUAGUCCCCUGUUCUUGAUAUUGGGAGUCGUUGUGGUGUUGUUUGGUUGGAAUGAAGCAGCAGAGACUCUGGAUACAAGCUGUCCAUUAACAUUCCCAGGAGGUGAAACAAAAACCUAUCAAUUCUGCAAAAAGCUGAGUUUAGGAGCUACCCUGUCAUAUAAUUUCAAUGUAGAGAAUGGAUCGCUAGACAUAGCUUUCAGUGCUGCCCCUGCUACUUCUGGGGGGUGGGUAGGUUGGGGGAUAAAUCCAAAGGGGCUACAAAUGAUUGAAACACAGGCACUGAUUGCCUUUCAAUUGGGUAAUGGCACAACUGUAGUUCACACGUAUGAUGUGGUCUCUAAGUCUGAUGCUUUGAAUCCUUCAGAUAUUCGCAUCAAUGUGGUUGACAAGAGCGCUGUGUAUAAUGGUAGUAAUGGGAAGAUAAUAAUAUUUGCGUCUCUGACACUUGGUUUCAAUCAGACUAGUGUUAAUCACGUGUGGCAAGUGGGCGCCUCGAUCAGCAACUUGAGUCCUGGCAUACACAGUACUGAAAUGGCCGAUCUCAACAGUUCAGGGAUACUCGAUCUCCAAAGUGGAUCCAUCUCUACUUCCUCUGGAUCCGAUACAGAGGUGAAUGCUCCUCCAAGCUCUCACAUUAGCAGCUUCAACGGUCCUAUGAUUGAGGACGUGAUUAGAGUGGUUGCUAUCUCGGGUGUCAUUAUUACUCUAUUUUGUUUUAAUCAUCAAUGCUGUGGUAGGCCGUCAGGUAGUGACCAGCCCUCUAGAUGGCUGCAGUGGCCACUUUAUAGAAAUAACCUGCAUACCGUGGAAAGCAAAGGUUCUCCAGCAUCUGGAAAGAUUGAAACUAGUUCGUGCAAGCAUUUCACCUUUGCUGAGAUCCAGGAGGCUACUAAUAACUUUCAUGAGUCUAGAAUUCUUGGUCAUGGAGGUUUUGGCAACGUUUAUGAAGGUGAGGUUGAUGGUACAAAAGUUGCAGUUAAGCGAGGAAGCUCAUUAGGAGGACAAGGCAUCCAUGAAUUUCAAACAGAAAUAGAAAUGCUUUCUAAACUCAGGCACCGGCAUUUGGUUUCUCUUAUUGGUUAUUGUGAAGAAAAUGGUGAGAUGAUUUUAGUUUAUGAUUAUAUGGCCGCGGGACCACUGAGAAAACAUAUAUAUGGAAAUAGCAAUCUGAUUCCUUUAUCCUGGAAACAGCGACUAGAGAUCUGUAUUGGAGCUGCACGAGGUCUUCAUUAUCUUCACACAGGGGCUGCUCAGACAAUUAUACAUCGGGAUGUAAAGACAACAAACAUACUUCUUGAUGAAAAUUUCGUUGCAAAAAUUUCGGAUUUUGGAUUAUCAAAAAAUGGACCACCUCUUGACCGUACCCACGUUAGUACUGCAGUUAAAGGCAGCCCUGGAUAUGUGGACCCAGAAUACUGUGACACAGAGAAGCUCACUGAAAAAUCAGAUGUUUAUUCAUUUGGUGUUGUGUUGUUUGAGGUAUUGUGUGCAAGACCUGCCACUAGCCAAGGAGGCCUUGCUAAAUGGGCUUUGGAUUAUCAGAGAAAGGGAAUGCUGGAGCAAAUCAUAGAUCCUAAUCUCAAAGGUAAAAUGAAUUCCGAGUCCCUCAACAAGUAUGUAGAGGCUGCUGCGAAAUGCCUUGCUAAGAAAAGUGUUGAGAGGCCAGCUAUGCUAAAUGUACUUUGUAAUUUAGAAUAUGCUUUGCAGCUGCAAGAUGAUAAACGGGUUGAUGACAAUAAUGACAGUCAAAUAAACAACUCAGCUACUCAUGAUGCUGUUGGAGAUGAAAGCACCUCAACAAGCACAGCGGAAGAUGCCAAAGGUAAAGGUAAAAUUAAUCCCGAGUCCCUUGAGAGGCAUGGAGAGGCUGCUGCAACAUGCCUUGCUGAGAAAAGUGUUGAUAGGCCAGCUAUGGGAAAUGUACAUUGUAAUUUAGAAUCUGCUUUGCAGCUGCAUGAUAAUAAACGGGUUGAUGAAAGUAAUGAGACUCAAAUAAACAGCUCAGCCACUCAUGCUGUUGGAGAUAACAUUACUUCAACAAGUAUAGCAGGCCAUGGUUUGGAUGUAUCUCUAAGAGCUGUUUUUUCAGGGCUGGUGAAUCAAAACAAAGGAGGUAAUUGAAUUGGCAAGGGGAAUAUCAUGUUUCUGUAUGUUGUAGUUACUGCAGCUAGCAAUGUCAGGUAGUUGAAGUAUUAAGACACUUGAUUUUUACUUUGUUGCCUAUAUUAGUAUCAAGAGGAUAUUGCUGUUAUUCACUUUAUUAUGUCUUUAUCAAAACUGUUUGCUACAUUCAUUUUA